UGAGAGUGAGAGAGAGAGGCGACGGGACACCCAUGGCGCAGGAUAUGCGAGCAUUGCGAUCCUACGUGACGGCAAUGGAUGACCAUCAGUACGAAAAUAUGCCCGAAGGUGUCGUGUGUCUGCUCAUUACGCAUAACAACCUCAAGCUGCAGAUGGUUGAUAUUCGCGUGGACCUGCAUGGCACCAUCGGCGAGCUUCGGCACAAGUUGUACCAACACACAGGCACGAAGCCGGACGCUAUGGAGCUACUGGUCAUGCGCAGCGACGGCUCGGUAUACGCUCGCUUAGAUGAUGACGCGAGGAUGCUUGGUUUCUACAGUUUGGAGAACGGCAUGCGGUUGCACGUCGUGGACAAGGAUCCAUUUUCACUUUCAAAAGGCGGAGGUCUAGAGGACGUAUCGCUCGUUAAGAAGUACGAGAUCUCCGAGGAGGACUACAACAAACGGGAGAAGACUGUACGUGCGUAUAAGAAGGAGCAGCUAGCCAAGGACCCAAAUUGGAAACCCAAGGUCAUGAUGAACGUCACUAAACCGGCGGUGGAUCCUGCUACGCUUCCAGGACCGGAUACUAUCGCAAACAUGAAGGUAGGCGACCGAUGCGAAGUGCAGCCUGGUGGUCGACGUGGACAGGUGCACUACCUGGGAGAGAUCUCGGAGAUCGCCCCGGGCUACUGGGUUGGAGUGCAUUUCGACGAGCCUGUGGGCAAAGGUGAUGGCUCUGUCAAGGGCGAAAUCUACUUCAAGUGCGAGCAGAAAUAUGGCGGCUUCGUUCGCCCCUAUAACGUUGCAGUGGGCGAUUUCCCGGUACUUGAUCCACUUGCAGACAUGUCCGACUCGGAUGACGACGAACUAUAG